AUGGAUCAAGAAAACGAGAGAAAUGUGUCCAGACUUUGGAGAGCUUUUAGAACUGUGAAAGAGAUGGUCAAAGACCGUGGGUACUUCAUUACACAGGAAGAAAUUGAUCUUUCACUGGAAGAUUUCAAAACGAAAUACUGUGAUUCGAUGGGCCGUCCACAGCGUAAGAUGAUGUCUUUUCAAUCAAACCCCGUGGAGGAGUCGAUCGAGAAAUUCCCCAAUAUGGGGUCGCUGUGGGUUGAGUUUUGUGAUGAAGCUUCUGUUGGUAUCAAGACAAUGAAAAACUUCGUCAUUCACAUUAGCGAAAAGAACUUCCAAACUGGGAUUUUCGUUUACCAAAAUGGUGUGACGCCCAGUGCGAUGAAAUUGCUGCCCUCGGUAGCGCCAGCAACUAUAGAAACGUUCCACGAAGCGUCGCUGGUUGUAAACAUCACGCACCAUGAGUUGGUGCCCAAGCAUAUAAAAUUGAGCGACGAGGAGAAGAAAGAGUUGCUCAGAAGAUACAGACUCAAGGAAUCCCAAUUACCCAGAAUCCAGCGGAUGGAUCCGGUUGCAUUAUAUUUAGGUUUGAAAAGAGGCGAUGUUGUCAAAAUCAUCAGGAAGAGUGAGACUUCUGGACGUUACGCGAGUUACAGGGUGUGUUUGUAA